ACCUCCCGAGCCAUGUAACUGUCAACUCAAUAGAGUGCGCGUGCGCGACUUCGGUGAUGUCAGUGUGGAUAACGGGAACAUAGGCAACCGCAGACAACAGCUGGUUAGCAACGGGGACGGGUCAACAACAUGGAUGAGUUUCAGACAGGAGAAGAGACAGCCUUUGUUGUGGAUGAAGUGAGCACAAUCAUUAAAGAGUCUGUGGAAGCCGCAAUUGGAGGUAACACAUACCAGCACAGUCGAGUCAACCAGUGGACCACAAAUGUCGUAGAAAUGUGCCUCAGUCAACUCAGCAAACUGGGCAAGCCUUUCAAGUACAUCGUGACGUGCAUCAUUAUGCAGAAGAAUGGAGCAGGAUUGCAGACAGCCAGCUCAUGUUUCUGGGACAACAGCACUGACGGAAGCUGCACUGUAAGAUGGGAGAACAAGUCAAUGUACUGCAUUGUCAGUGUCUUUGGGCUUGCCAUUUAAACACUAACUUUGCUACACUGCUGGAUUAGUCAUCGCCUCGUGAUUUGUUCGUGCCUACUGUUGUCAAGCCCUUCGGACCAAAGGUUUUCCACCCAUGUCAACCAUUCUUUUUACUUUUCAUGAAAAAUGCAAAUAAAUUAUUUCUCUCUUCAGCCUUC